UCAUCUCCGGCAAAAUGGGAGGAGACAAGAAAAUAAAUUAUGCAGGAAGUGGGCUCGUCCCACUCGCUCAAGGUGUAUAAAGAAGGCCGUCCUCACUCUGCAACUCGUGCUUGGUGUGGCUGCGGUUUUUUGAGACUGGGGGCGCAGUCAGCAAUUGUCACAACGAUGCACGAGGCCCUGGGUUUCUGGAUCUUAUCAGCGGUGGUCUGUGUGGGACUUGGCCACCACCAUGUGGGCCACACUGACGGCCUAUCACAGGUCAUCUCAGGAAACAAAGAGUUUGCCUUCCAGAUGUACAGGAAGUUGGCGGCUCAUGCUAACAACCAGGGCAAGAACAUCUUUUACUCUCCGAGCAGCGUUUCCGUCUCCUUGGCUGCUUUGUCUGUCGGAGCCCGGGGGGACACCCACCAACAGCUGUUUAAUGGUCUGUAUUAUAACACCUCCCAAGUUACGCAGAAGGAUGUGAAUCAGGUCUUCAGCACGCUCAUCAAAAGGAGAGACAAUUCCUCGGACAUCAGUGAAGGGACCGCUUUGUUCCUGGAUGACACCUUCGAGCCAAAACCAGAGUUUGUGAAGGAUUUGAAAGAAUCCUUUUAUACACUGGUGUCAAAUGUUAACUUCCAGCAAACAACAGAAAGCGCGAAUACCAUCAACAAAUAUGUAUCAGAUAAGACCAACGGCUUGAUUGAAAAGUUGGUGGACAGCCUGGAUCCGAACACAAUCAUGUACCUCGUAAGCCACAUCUACUUCAAAGGAAAGUGGGACACUCCUUUUGAAACCGAGCAAACAAAAGAAGAUAUCUUCACUGUUGAUGAGAACACCAAGGUUCCUGUGCAGAUGAUGAACAAGAAGGCUAGUUUUCCCGUCUAUCGUGAUCUGGCAAUAAACACGACAGUCCUGCGCCUUCCCUUCAACAGCUCUUAUUCCAUGCUCCUGCUGUUGCCUGACAACAUGGCAGAGCUAGAAAAGGCAAUUUGUCCACAGCAUCUCGCUAAAUGGACAAAUUUGAUGGCAGUUUGGAAGUAUGACAUAUUUCUUCCAAAGUUCUCUAUUAAGACUGAGUACUUUCUGAAAGAAAUACUGAUUCAAAUGGGAAUGACUCACAUGUUUGACGGUCGAGCAGAUUUGAGUGGCAUUUCGGAGGGCCCGAAGCUGAUGGUCUCCAGUGUUGUGCACCAAGCUACCCUUGACGUUGACGAAUCAGGAGCCACUGCUGCAGGUGUCACAGGCAUUGGCAUCACCCUGACGUCCUCGCGUGUUACCCCUGUGUUGAAGUUCAAUCGUCCAUUCAUGCUUCUCAUCACUGAAAACGGCACACAUGAUAUUCUCUUUUUGGGUAAAAUAAUUAAUCCCAAUCAAUUUAACAGAGAGGAACAGAGAAUGUUGAUCCAACACACCACGAAGGAACAGCGGCUACUUAGCCAGCAAGCUAAGCUGAAAAGGGGGAAGUCCACAACGAUGCAUGCAGCCCUGGGUUUCUGGAUCUUAUCAGCGGUGGUCUGUGUGGGACUAGGCCACCACCAUGUAGGCCACACUGAUGAUGGCCUGUCACAGGUCACCUCAGGAAACAAAGAGUUUGCCUUCCAGAUGUACAGGAAGUUGGCGGCUCAUGCUGACAACCAGGGCAAGAACAUCUUUUACUCUCCGAGUUGCGUGUCUGUCGCCUUGGCCGCUUUGUCUGUCGGAGCCCGGGGGGACACCCACCAACAGCUGUUUAAUGGUCUGUAUUAUAACACCUCCCAAGUUACGCAGAAGGAUGUGAAUCAGGUCUUCAGCACGCUCAUCAAAAGGCGAGACAAUUCCUCGGACAUCAGUGAAGGGACCGCUUUGUUCCUGGAUGACACCUUUGAGCCAAAACCAGAGUUUGUGAAGGAUUUGAAAGAAUCCUAUUAUUCCCAUGUGUCAAAUGUUAACUUUGAGCAAACGACAGAAAGUGUUAAUACCAUCAACAAAUAUGUAUCUGGUAAGACCAACGGGUUGAUCGAGAAGUUGGUGGACAGCCUGGAUCCGACCACAAUCAUGUACCUCGUAAGCCACAUCUACUUUAAAGGAAAGUGGGACACUCCUUUUGAAACCGAGCAAACAAAAGAAGAUAUCUUCACUGUUGAUGAGAACACCAAGGUUCCUGUCCAGAUGAUGAACAAGGAGGAUAGUUUUCACGUCUAUCAUGAUCUGGAGAUAAACACGACAGUCCUGCGCCUUCCCUUCAACAGCUCUUAUUCCAUGCUCCUGCUGUUGCCUGACAACAUGGCAGAGCUAGAAAAGGCAAUUUGUCCACAGCAUCUUGCUAAAUGGACAAAAUGGAUGAAAAUCAGGGAGUAUAACAUAUUUCUUCCAAAGUUCUCUAUUAAGACUGAGUACUCUCUGAAAGAAAUACUGAUGCAAAUGGGAAUGACUCACAUGUUUGACAGUCGAGCAGACUUGAGUGGAAUUUCGGAGGGCCAGAAGCUGAUGGUCUCCAGUGUUGUGCACCAAGCUGCCCUUGACGUUGACGAAUCAGGAGCCACCGCCGCAGCUGCCACAGGCAUUGGCAUCACCCUGAUGUCUUUACAUCAUGUCCCCGUGUUGAAGUUCAAUCGCCCAUUCAUGCUCCUCAUCACUGAAAACAGCACACAUGAUAUUCUCUUUUUGGGCAAGAUAAUUAAUCCCAACAAUUGAUGGAUGACGGCUGAU